AUGCUCUCCAAGCUAUUACUACGAACAAGCUCCUCAAAGCCGAAGCAGCUCAAGAAGAUCCAUGCGCUCGUACUAACGUCUGGUCUAUCCGUCAAAAACAGUCUCUUAACACAGCUAAUAGAGAAUCUCAUACUCGCAAGCGACAUGUGUUACGCACGCAAGGUGUUCGACGAAAUGCACAAGCCGAGGAUUUUCCUCUGGAACACUCUUUUCAAAGGCUACGUUAAAAACCAGCUCCCCUUCGAAAGUUUCACGCUUUAUAAGAAAAUGCGUGAUCUUGAUGUCCGUCCUGAUGAAUUCACUUACCCGUAUGUGGUGAAGGCAAUCUCCCAGCUUGGGGAUUUGUCCUGUGGAUCUUCCCUUCAUGCCAAUGUGGUGAAGAAUGGUUUUGAUUGUCUUGGCAUCGUUGCAACUGAGCUGGUGAUGAUGUACAUGAAGUUUGGUGAAUUGAGCUCGGCUGAGGUCUUGUUUGAGUCUAUGCAGGGGAAAGAUUUAGUGGCUUGGAAUGCGUUUAUUGCUGCUUGCGUUCAAACGGGAAACUCCGGUUUAGCUCUUGACUAUUACCGGAAAAUGUGUGCGGAUGAUGAUGAUGAUGUUAGGUUUGAUUCUUUUACAGUCGUGAGUAUGCUUUCCGCUUGUGGUCAGCUAGGCUGUUUGGAGAUUGGGAAAGAGAUUUAUGACCGUGCGAGGAGGGAAGGUAUUGACUGUAACGUGAUCGUCGAAAACGCAAGGCUUGAUAUGUACUUGAAGUGUGGUAGCACGGAAGCUGCGAGGGUGUUGUUUGAAGAGAUGAGAGAAAGAAAUGUAGUUUCUUGGAGCACGAUGAUUGUAGGAUAUGCAAUGAAUGGAGAUAGCGAAGAAGCCUUGGUGUUGUUCGCUACGAUGCAGAACGAGGGAGUAAGACCGAACUAUGUCACUUUUCUCGGGGUUUUAUCUGCUUGUAGCCAUGCUGGACUGGUGAAGGAAGGGAAAAGGUGUUUUGAUCUCAUGGCUCGGUCGAAUGAUAAGAGUCUUCAGCCGAGGAAAGAGCAUUAUGCGUGUAUGGUUGAUCUGUUAGGACGCUCUGGUCUUCUUGAGGAGGCUUAUGAAUUUAUCAAAGAGAUGCCACUGGAGCCAGAUGCUGGGAUAUGGGGAGCCUUGUUAGGUGCUUGCGCGGUUCAUCGUGGUGUGGAAUUGGGGAAGAAAGUAGCAGACUUGCUAGUGGAAACAGCUCCUGACAUUGGUGCGUACCAAGUACUACUGUCUAAUAUAUAUGCAGCUGCUGGUAAAUGGGAUUGUGUUGACAAAGUGAGGAGUGAAAUGAGGAAGCUUGGUACUAGAAAGGUUGCUGCUUAUAGUUCCGUUGAGUUUGACGGAAAGAUCCAUUUUUUCAAUAGAGGAGACAGAUCACAUCCAGAGUCAAAGGCUGUGUAUGAAAAGUUGGAGGAGAUCUUGAAGAAGAUAAGGGAUAUGGGGUAUGUUCCUGAGACGUGUUCGGUGUUUCAUGAUGUGGAAGUGGAAGAGAAAGAGUCUUCUCUCAGUCAUCACAGUGAGAAGCUUGCGAUUGCGUUUGGACUCGUUAACGGGAGAGCGGAGCAGCCUAUAAGGGUUAUGAAGAACUUGAGAACCUGCGAUGAUUGCCAUAUUUUCGCCAAGUUUGUUUCCAGGCUUACUUCAAGAGACAUCAUCAUGAGAGACAAGAACAGGUUUCACCACUUCAGGAAUGGUGUUUGCUCGUGCAGAGAGUUCUGGUGA